AUCGCAGGUUGUCGAGGUGGUCAUGUCGGACGGCACCUACCAGUUGCAGUGAUUAGGUGAAUCACUCGCAUUCUCACACACACUCUCCCUCGACACCAAACAAUAACAUCCAUCUUCUCUUAAGUCUUAACUCUCUCCUACAAACAUUAACACACACUUCAAUCCUCCAUAGAGAGAGACACACACACACAGAGAGUAAACAAUGGUGGGUGCCAUAAAAGCAGCGAUUGGAGACGCAGUGUUGACUUUCAUGUGGGUCUUCUGCUCCUCCCUGUUGGGAAUAGCUUCCAGUGCCAUAACCAAGGCUCUUGAUCUUCAGCACCUCUCCUACAACGGCUUCCCCUACCCUUCGUUCCUCGUCACCACUACCCUCGUUUUCGCCCUCGUUUUUCUCUUCACCGUCAUCGGCAAUGCCUUCGGUGGCGCCAGCUUCAACCCCACCGGAACUGCCUCCUUUUACGCCGUUGGUCUCGGCUCCGACACGCUCUUCUCAAUGGCGCUCAGGUUCCCUGCGCAGGCGGUUGGGGCUGCGGGUGGAGCAAUGGCAAUUAUGGAAGUGAUUCCUGCGGAAUACAGGCACAAGAUUGGGGGGCCUUCCUUGAAAGUGGACGUGCACACUGGGGCUGUGGCUGAAGGGGUGUUGACUUUUUUGAUUACCUUUGCUGUUCUCUUAAUCAUCCUCAAGGGCCCUCGUAGUAAUUUAUUGAAGACUUGGUUGCUGGCGACAGCGACCGUAGCUUUGGUCAUGGUUGGAUCUGCCUACACUGGACCAGCCAUGAAUCCUGCCAAUGCCUUUGGUUGGGCAUACAUGAACAACUUGCACAACACAUGGGACCAAUUCUAUGUAUACUGGAUUUGCCCCUUCACUGGAGCAAUAUUGGCUGCUUGGCUGUUCCGAGCUAUCUUCCCUCCACCACCACCAGAAGUAAAACAGAAGAAAGCAUGAAGAGGGAUAGUAGAUUUGGUUCUUCAUGUCAAUUGUUAAGCACCAUGCUACUGCAUUAAGAAACCCCUUUUACUUUAUAUAUAAUUUCUUCUUCAAUCUCGCUUGUUUCUGAAUAUUUUUCAACUUAUAAUUGAACAUGUUUCUUUAAGUGCAAAAUCAGAUGUGAAAAUGUUGGUGUUAAAUUAGUAGGUUGUGUUUGGCCCAUAAUUGGGUAUCCACUUUAAAAAGAAAUAUGUAGACUUUUAAUAUCUAGAUUGGAUACUGAUAUGAUUCACAGUAAUGCUAUUCCUUUCUGGCAAAAA